AUGGCCCACGAGUCAAGACUAACAAAGGCAAAAACAAGCUCGAGUAAUAAACGCGAACGUCUUCAAUCGAUUUCGGCUGCAUCCGCUGCAAAAUACUUCAAAAGCCUCGCGUGGAAGUUCAUAGAUCGAUAUCGCUACCAGUUGAAGCCCACUGAAACAAUGAGCAUUCAAAUCCAUUCAUUCGGCGACCCCACCUCGUUCUUGUCUCCGACUGGUCCAACACCAGCGCUAGCCGAUUGCGUACUUGACGAAAGUUCGGCAUGGAUCGUGGAUGUCUGCAGACCUGGUAACUUGCUGAGCUGUUGUGCAAGACCUUCUAUCCCGUCGGAUCUUAAACUCAGUUCCAUGAGUCACCAUGUGGUAGGCUUCAGUGAUUUCGCGACAUCGCCUUGUCGUACGAAUGCUUAUGAGUUUCCAAUAAUUUUCGCAUUCAUCGUGACUGUAGCUUGCCCUGGUAGUGAAGAGUUCCCUUGCGGCAUUGAAACAGAGCGAGUCCAUCCAUGUGCACGCCAGGCGCUUUUGACCAAUCUCCUCACCUUCCGCGGAAGUGUACGGAUCUUCUCACUUGGAGAAUCUGUGCGAUGGCUGAGACUCUUUACUGUUGUCUCAUCAGCAAGCCAAAAGCUGACGCUGAAUUGGGCAUCGCUUUUAUAUUAUUACAUGGAGAAGGAAGCCAUUGGCCGUACAGGAAGUGCGAAACAGAAAGAAAACAAAAGAGGAAACAAGAGAUACAAAUACAGAAACGAGUACAAGUACAGAGCAGGUGGAGGACAAGAACUGCUGGUGGAAAGUCGAGGAAGGACUUUGGGGUGCAGUCGCGACGCGGAAAGUAGAGACAAACGUGCCGAAAGUGAUGAAGGGCUAUCGCCGACGUUGUUGUGCAGACGCCCGGCAGUCGUUCAACUCGCCAUUGCAUCGGAGGAUACUGUCGGGUUGCUGAUAUACACUUCGGAAGACUCGGAUAAAUUGCGGAUAGCGUUGAAGGAGCAUUAUCUAGCAGAGAGCAGACGCUCAAUUGACGAUGGUCGAUUUCAAAGUCUGUGGACGCGUUAA